ACCUAAUGAAACCAUUGAUGAUUUGUUUUAUACAAACGACAGCACGCGCGCUUGUGGUAAUUCUAUUUGCGGACAUUUGAUCUAAACAGCUGACUACAGAUCAACGUUCAGAUCGAGCAUUUCAGCUACUCGACGGGGUGAAUCAAAGCUUCUACUACGUACUUUAAAAUACCCGAUAAUGAGCAGAAUUAGAUAUGAAGGUGAGUUUAUCUGAGCUUUAUUGGUGAGUUUGAAAAGUUUGAUACGCCUUUUAUCGGUAGUAUAUGUUUGUGGUCAUAGCGUAGGGACAUAAUAUUAGGGUAACGACAAAUAUUUGGCUAUAAAUGAGUAUUCAUAUAAUUUUUUCUUCAAAAAGGCAAAAAAACUAACGCACACUUGCAGUUCGGUAUCUACCGACAUAAAAACCCAACGGAAAAUUCGCACCCUCAAUAAAGGAUCUGUUGACACGAAUUAUUCCUCUUAGUUCCUAAUUGUUUUUAAUAUGGUAGAGGGAUUGUUGACGUUAGAAUUUUUUCAAAUUUUUUCAUUGCUGUAGAUACGAUUUUCAUCUGCCGCAGCUUUCAUUAGAAUCUGCUUAAUUUCCUAGAUUACUACUCGUUAGGAUGACUUUUGUUUCCGCUACCUUUACCUAGGGUUAGCUACUUAUCACGAUCGACUUCAUUAAAAGCAUUAGUUCAGUAAGCUAGUCAUGUGACGCAAGGACUCUUGCUGACGCUUAUCGUUGCGGUUGUGUCUGUUAUUCAAAAACACGACCCUUUCUACUUCUACUAAGAUACCAAUUUUGUUUAUCGAUACGCUAGUUAAUCAAACGAGAUUUAUAGUGAUUUGUAUCGCAGUCGCUACCAUUGUUCUAAUUAAUCGGCCUAGAUAAGGAACCAACACUGUUAAUAGCUUGUUCUGGCGUGAACGUUUUGCACCCGAUACGUCAAAUCCGUACGGCGUUCCUUGUAAGUGUCUUAUAAAGCCAACCCCCUAACAACACCGAUUUCUGACAGCUUCCAAAAUGAAUAUAUCUUAUGGCUUGUACUAUGGUAAUUUUAAAUGGUCGAAUUCUCCGCUGAUAUGUUGAGGAUUAUACUGCUACCUACUCAUUCAACGAGUGAUUUCAUUAGACACUUGUCUUACAGGCCCAAUAUAGGCUAGUUGCUUUUUUACAUAUCUGCGUAUGCUUUAUGUUCAUCGUGCAAUGCCAAGCAAACGAUAGCAUAGGCAUCGGUAGCUGGUCGAACACAAGUAGCACGUUUAAAAAGCGAACGUUUAUUUUAUGUCGUCUGUCUAAUAAACAUUCGUCCGGUUCACUCUCAGAAUAUGAUUUUUGCUUGAUAGAUUCUUUUUGAUCAGUUAUUUUCUCUUUCAUCAGCUAGUUCCCAUUGCUCCGUUCCAAAGCAGCAGAAUGGUCCACCACUUUUCGAAAUCACUUUGUGUAUGAUGGACGGAGUGUGCGUGAAUCUGAUCUUCAUCGCAUAGCCACCCGGUGCGAAGAGGUGUCUUUGAUCGGGCGUUGAUAUCCGCGCCGCUACCGUCUCCAGGCUGCCUACUCUAAAUGCUCGUACCCUCCCUUUCUGAUUUGUCGACAUUGGCGCGAGGACUUUUCUGCUGCACCGACUAGGAAAGGGUAAGUGAGCAUAACACAAGCCGGGCCUGCCGUCGGCUACGACGGACAGGACAAGAAACUGGGCGAAACAACGCUCGCGUGUGGAUACCCCAUUCCCCAGUAUGAUCUAAUACGCUCAGUUGACUGUGAUUGUGAGCUGUGAUUAUUUUCAAACUAAACAAGACAGAACUGUACCGGACGCCUGUACCAACAUGAUAAAAGCGAUAUGAAGGACAAUAGGUACGCAAAUAGCCGUCUCCACCGAACUCACCUCAGCAGUUCAGUUCAGUUCAACGGAAUUUGCGAUAGAUGCUGAGGCAGCAGUAACAAUCGCCGCAGCACGGGCACCCAGAGUAGAGCCACCGUGCAGGAUCGGGAGCCAUGCUCCUACGGGAUCCCCGAACUGAGGGCUGGCCCUUGGUAGGAGACCCGCUCGGCGUUACCCUACUGUUAGCUGGCUACGUUUUAAUCGUUACCGUGGUCGGGCCUCGCUGGAUGGAGCAUCGAAAAGCAUACGAUAUUCGAUACUGGAUAGCGGCCGCAAACGCGAGUCAAGUUCUACUCAACAUGGUUUUCGCUUUUUGCUUCCUUCGAAUGACCUACUUAGGCGGCGGUUACAACCUUUGGUGCCAGGGUGUCUCCAGAGACUUAUCCGACGAUAAACGCCAACUAGCUUCACUUAGCUGGUACUAUUUGCUCGUCCGGAUUGCCGAUUUCCUCGAUACUCUGUUUUUUGUGCUGCGUAAAAAAUUUGGCCAUGUGAGUUUUUUGCACGUCGUACAUCACGUACUCGUCGUGUUCAACGGCUGGUACGGACUGACGUACGGCUUUGACGGACAGGCGAUGUUCUGCAUUUGCAUCAACAGCUGCGUGCACGUUCUCAUGUACAGUUAUUAUUUGCUGUCGCUGUUUCAUUUUCGAUGGCUGCCCCGAGUGAAGCCGUACCUGACGAUUGUGCAAAUUGGACAGUUCUGCGCGAUAUCAAUCCACUCGUUGGCGCCAUUGUUUGUCGAAUGUGGCUACCCGCUUCAACAUAGCCUGCUUAUCCUGACAGAAUCACUGUUCUUUCUAGUCCUAUUCCUCAAUUUCUAUCGACGGGCGUAUCGAAGCAAGCGGCAAAACCAGCAUAAGCUGAAAAAGCAAGAUGAUUAGGACGACGUG